ACUUCAAUGUGGAAGCUGGAAGCAGACACAGAACACGUUUUGCAGAUUUAGAAUUUAGACGAAAUUUUGCAAUAAAAUGUCCUUUCAAGCUUCACCACAGACAAAUAUCGCCCCUCCAGGUACUCAAGGCAAUGUUAUGCCAGGUUUUCCUUCUUCUUCUGGCUUGCCACCGCCUCCAACAUUUCCUGCGUUUCAAAAUACUCCACCGACUGGACCAAGUCAACCAGGUGGUCCUGGCUUUACUAAUAGUUCAGGGCAAAAUCAGUCAGGACAACGGCCGCAUUUUGCUAAGAAGCACAAUGAUUAUAAUGACAAAAGAAAUUUUCAACAGAGUUACAGACCUCCAAACAGUGACAAGCCAACAGUAACGGUGUUUGUAGGUAAUAUUACUGAACAUGCAAGUGAUGCCCUCGUUAGACAAUUGUUAAUGAAAUGCGGCAUUGUUGUUAAUUGGAAACGUGUUCAGGGAGCUGAUGGAAAAUUGCAAGCAUUUGGCUUCUGUGAAUAUGUCGAUCCAGAAACUGGUUUAAGAGCCAUCAGGCUUCUUCAUGAUUUGACAUUUGGAGAGAAAAACUUAGUUGUGAAAGUUGACCAAAAAACAAAAGAAAUGCUUGAUGAAUACAAAAAGAAAAAAGCAAGUGCUGAAAACAAAGAAUUACAAGAUGGGAAAGAAGAAUUAGAUGAAGCUACAAAGAAUCAGGAUGCAGAGGUCCAAAAAUCUAUCGCUGGAUUAUUGAGUGAAAAUUCUGAUGUUCUUUCUGGAAAAUUUAAAGCUCCUGUGUCAAAAUGGAGACAGACACACAGUGGAAGUGAGGAAAAUUUAGAAGGUUUGGGUAUGGAUAAGGACAAGAAACAUCUCAUUUCCAAAGAGAUCCGUUCCUUUCGAGAUACAUACAAGGACUCACAGAAACAGCAGCGAGACAAGGAUGACACGGAAGAAGACAGGAAUAGAGAUCGUGAAAGACAACGGGAGCGAAGUCCUCCUGAGAGGGAGAGGAGUAAGAGUCUGGAGAGAAACACAAAAGAUCGUGGUGAAGGACGCUCAAGAAGUCGCAGCAAGGAACGUGAUAGGGACACUAGAGAUCGCGAAAGGGAAAAUAGGGAUAGAGAUAGGGAACGUGAUAGGGAUAGGAGGGAUCGUGACAGGGAUAGGAGGGAUCGUGAUGGUGGAGAUAGGAGGGAACGAGAAGGCAGGGAUGGUAAGGGAUCAUUGAGGUCAAACAGGGAUAGGGAAAUGGACGAAGAUGACUCGUACGAAAGGCGGAAACGCGAGAGGCGACAAAAAGAACGGAGUCAGGCUUAUGUCGAGCGGUUGAAGGCCUGGGAAACACGAGAGAGGAAGAAACAGCGUGAAUACGAUCGGGAGUUGGAGAAAGAAAGAGAAAACGACAGCGAACAGGCACGAGAGAAGAAGCACUUGUUAGAAUUCUUGGAAGAUUACGACGAUGAUCAGGAUGAUCCAAAAUACUACAGAGGAAGCUCGUUUGAUCGCCGACGUCAGGCUCGUAUUCAAGAAAUGGAAAUCGAUGAAAAAGAUAAACAACGAGAGUUGGAGGAAAUUGAAGAAAUAAGAAAGAGACUGGGAGACAGAGCUGUAGAACCUGAGUCAGAAGAAGAACCAAUGGAAGAAGAGCCGGAGCCUGAACCCGAGCCUGAACCAAGACCGACCUUACAAGCAACAUUUAAACCUGCAGUUGCUCCAGUGGUCGAGUCAGCACCUAAAGUGGUAUCACCACAAUAUCACUCACCUGUGAAUAUCCCCCCUGUCAAUCAAAAUCACAAACCAAAAGCACCAGAAAUCCCGCAAACCGAAGUCGAUGGUCCAGAAGUCGCUCAGAAGAAAACGUUUGUCUUUGAAAUGAAAUCCAAAGGACCAGUGGGUUCGACGAACUCCAACAGAAAGAAGCUGGAAGCAGUGUUUAACAGCGAAGAGGAAUCCUCAUCUAUGCAAAACCCAAAACGUAAACUCAUUCCCUUAGAUUAUUCUGAGGAGGAAAAGAAAGCCGUUGCUACUGCGAAAAGUGCAGAGCAGAAGAAGAAAAGCAUUAAAUCACUCAUAGAGAGAAUUCCCACGGCUAAAAAUGAACUGUUUACCUAUCCACUUGAUUGGGAAUGUGUUGACCAGAGUUUAAUAGAUCGUAGGAUACGACCCUGGGUAAAUAAAAAAAUUGUGGAAUACAUUGGAGAAGAGGAGCCUAGUCUCGUUGAUUUCAUGUGCACCAAGCUCCUAGCACGAAGUCAACCUGAUAGCAUCCUUCAUGACGUAUCCAUGGUUUUAGACGACGAAGCUGAGGUAUUUGUCGUUAAGAUGUGGAGACUUCUUAUUUAUGAAACUGAAGCAAAGAAGAUAGGCCUGGUUAAGUAAAUUAUGUCAUCAUUUUCUUAUCCAAAGUCAACCGUUUUGUUUCAAGUACUGUUGCAAGUGUUGUUGUCUAAACGAACAAAUAUUUUGCCAACAUUUGGCAGUUUAUGAAUUAUCGGCCGCGAAAUAGGAAGAGGAACGGUUUCUGAUAAGUCAUUGGCCGUGAAACAAAUUUGUUGCAAAGCAGCUCUACAGUAACAGAAAAGGUUCAGAGUUUGGGAAGGGGGUUGACUCAAUGGAAAGGAUUAUUUAUAUACCUUUAAGGUUUAUUGGGUUUUUCAAAGCAAGAAACCGUUCAGUUCUAGUAAAUUAUAAAUCUAAAACGCAGAUUCUACAGCCAUAAAAUCACGUCUACAAGAAACACUACUUCACUAAUUAACUUCUGUAAAUACAGUUCAAAUGAAACACACACA